UUAUAUAUCCUCACUCUUUAGAUUUUGCCUAUACAAACAAGUUACUUUUUCGAGUGACAGUUUUUAUUAUUAUUAUUAUUCUUUUUCUUUAUUAUUUUUUAUAUUUUUGAAUGUUAUCUUCAGAACUAAUGAAUAGAAAUAGUUCAGACGCUGAUCAAUCAACAAGAAGAAUGUUUGAAAUACAACAAAAAGAUAAAAAGUCAAAAUCAUGGUUUCGGUCACGGAAUUCUAUAUAUUUAGGUAUUGUUGCCAUCUUUGAAGCUGUAGUAGUUAUUGCUUUACAGGCAGUUAUCUUUGCUCAGUUUCAACUACAUCAAGCUGAAACACAACAUACUACUCAAGGCACCGGGAUUCCAGUUUAUUUGAUGAUAUUUAUUUUUUCUCAAGUCUUUCAAGUAGCUUUAGCUUGGGAUGCGGUUCGAGCUCAGAAUACCAUUCAAGUGAUCGCCUUAUUAUUAUUCAAUUUGUGUUGUUUUAUUUACAGUAUCUUCCAAUUUAAACAAAUGUCAAAUGUAGUGAAGCAACCUUCAUUAAGUUUAUUGAUUACAAGGUUAUUGAUUGUUAAUGCUGUGGUGACUGGUAUUUGUGAAUUGAUUUAUCUUUAUCUUGGUGCAAGACUUUAUCAAGAAUUUGGUUGGAAAAUAUAUAGAGCCAUUGGUGCGGAUCCCGAAAUACGAAAUAUGUAUCGAUGGUAUCAAAUUUUAUUGUCAUUAUUAAAAUUAGAUAUGUUCUUUUUCUUGGCUUAUUCUAUUCAAUAUUUGGUAUUGGUGUUACAAAUGACGGAUUAUGAAUUUGCUUUGACCAUUGUGGCCUUACCAGUGACCUGUCUCUUCUUGAUUUUAAUUGUUUAUGCUGUUCGUCAUGAAUCUAGAUAUUUGGUAUAUCUUUUUUUCCUUGGUUUAGCGGCUGGAUGUGCUUAUUUUAGUUUCAAAAUCUUCCGUAUGUGUGAUCCUUCUCAACAACAAAAAUUCAUGUAUGUUCGUGAAUUUUUAAUCUUUUUUGCCAGUGUCUCUUUAACCUUGGUGGUUUUGACCAUUGUGAAUACUGCUAUCUGUUUAUUCAAUUUUGACAAAGGAUUAAAACCUCAUUUAUUACGAAAUCAAACGAAAUCAACAGAAAGUACCAACCAAGGUGAUCGAACGUUAUCAUUGGAUUAGUUAAUAUUAUUCCCCUUUCCUUCCAAAACUUCUCGAACUGGUUUCGUUUCUUACUCUUACUAGUACUUUAUUAUCAUUAUACUAUUAUUAUUACUAUUAUUAUUUUGUGAAUGUAUCUCUCUUUCUUUUUCCCCCAUCCACACAUAUACAUAUAUAUAUCUGUCUUGUUCUUUUUUUUUUUCCCUCCCUUUACCAACUCAUUACUCUUGGUUAUUUUUUUUUCUUUUUUUGUAUUUUAUUUAAACACAUACACACACAUAUUAUCAUCAUCCCCCUUUAUUUAUUUUCUUCUUAUUACUCCUUUUCAUAUACUUCAUUUCUUGUUUUGUCUUCGUUCCUUCAUAUUAAUUGUAUAAAGACGAAUAAAAAUCAAUACGAACAUAUAUC